AUGCUCUCACGUGUUGCUGCAGUGAAGGCACCCCGCACACACAACCGUUGCCGCAUGACCGGAUCCAGCGGAAGGAGGAGGGAAGGAAGAGAGAGUGAGCGGCAGAGGCCCAACAUGUCGCGGCGUGUGUUUACUUCCGCGGUGCCGCUCCUCCUCGUCGUGAUGAUUUGCUGCAGUACUUGUGGAGCUGCGCAAGCUGAUGAGCCGUCAUCUGAUCCAAAGUUUCAAUGGAAGGGCAUCAGUGAGGGUAAAGGUGAUGUAACUGUGGAGUCGUUUGGAAUUCCCGGCCUUUUGAAAGUGGGGAGUGAUGUAUUUGCCGUUGCUGAGGCGCAAUGCAAGAAGGAUGGAGAAGAUACCUUUACUGGUAUUGCAUCCCAACUUCUCACGAUAAAAGACGAUAACACACCGGAGGAAGCGCUUAAGAAAGCCAGAGUGAUACAAGUUCUGGAGGAAGGCGCUUCCCCAAGCAAGAAAGUAGAUGUGAGCCGACCGACAGCAAUUGUGGAUGGAAGUAAUAUUUACAUGCUUGUUGGGAAAUACAGCCGUAAGGGUGGUCAGGAGAGUGGUGCAGCUCAAUCGGGACUUUUGCUGGCGAAAAGGGAAGUAAAUAAUGAAGGAGAUGACAGCGAAAAAAAAAUCCAAUGGAAUGUGAACCAGCUACCGGUCGGCACUUUAUCUGAGGGCGAACAACCUUCAUCCUUGACACGGCUGAUCGGAAGCGGUGGAUCGGGUGUCAAGUUGAAGGACGGUACGCUUGUUUUUCCAGUGGAAGGCACGAAGAAGGAUGACACAGGAAAGGAUAAAAAGACCGUUUCGCUGCUCAUAUACACCUCCGAUAACGCUGCGAGUUGGACGCUGUCGAAGGGGAUGUCUGACGGUGGCUGCAGUGAUCCCUCCGUGGUGGAGCGGGAGAAGGACAAGCUCAUGAUGAUGACAGCAUGUGAUGAUGGCCGCCGCAGGGUGUACGAGUCCGGCGACAAGGGGGAGUCGUGGACGGAGGCACUCGGGACACUCUCGCACGUGUGGAGCAACAAACGGGGCGGAGAAGGGAAGGCCGUUGGGAGCGGGUUCACCACAGCGACUUUUGGCACUGGAGAUGAUGGGAAAAAUGUGAUGCUCGUCACUCUGCCGGUGUAUGCCAAAGAAACACAAAAUGAAAAAGAAAAGGGCGAACUCCAUCUUUGGCUGACGGACAAUACGCACAUUGUUGAUAUUGGGCCGGUAUCUAGGGAGGAUGACGAAGAUGCUGCCGCCAGCGCCCUGUUGUACAAAAGUGCUGGAAGUGGAACUGAUAGUAAUAAUAAGGAGGAGUUGAUUGCACUGUACGAAAAGAAGGACGGUGGGGCGAAACCAUCAAACAGUCUUUGGUCUGUGCGUCUGACUACGCAGCUGGAGCGGGUGAAGGAGGUUCUGAAGACCUGGAAGGAAGUGGACAAACAUGUCUCCCAGCUGUGCCCUUCUGAGAGCGCUGUGCAGGCUACCUCACCUGACAGUGCCUGCAAAAACACUAAGAUCACGGAUGGGCUGGUUGGCUUUUUGUCCGGCAACUUCUCUGAUGACACAUGGAGGGACGAGUACCUCGGAGUGAACGCCACAGUAAAGAAGGGAGCGGAAGAAGAAGUGCCAGCAGCGGUAGCAGAGAAAGCAGAGUCUUCUGAUGGAGUGACGUUCCGGGGAGCGUGGGCGGAGUGGCCCGUUGGCGAGCAGGGGGAGAAUCAGCUGUACCACUUUGCGAACUACAACUUCAGUCUUGUGGCGACGGUGUCCAUCGACGGUGAGCCGACGAAGGAGGGUCCUAUUUCUUUGAUGGGUGUGAAGAUGAGUGAUGACGAUAAGAAUCCAGUACUUCUUGGACUGUCGUACAGCAACGACGAAAAAAAGUGGCGGAUGCUGUGCGGUGGGAAACCGACGGAGAUGCAAAACCGCAUUGAGGGGCAAGAGAAAACACACCAAGUGGCCAUUGUGCUGCAGAACGGCACCCAGGGCUCCGCGUACGUUGAUGGUCAGCGUGUGGGUGAGCCAUGUAAAUUGGAAACUACGAAUUCUAAAGGGAUUUCCCACUUCUACAUUGGAGGGGAUGGAGGCAGCGCAGGGAGCCGAGAAGACGUGUCUGUGACUGUGACGAACGUUCUGCUGUACAACCGCCCGUUGGAUGACAAUGAGAUUACUGCUCUUAAUGCAAUUAAAGCCCCGAUUACGCCUCCGAAGGAAACAAGUGCGCAGGAAAUUGUGUUGCCUUCUCCUGAUGGAACACCGCAGGCGGGACAGGAACAUUUGAAUGGAGGUGAAGUUGCUGACGGUGGAAGUGCAUCCCAAGCAGCUUCCAUUGCUUCGACUUCCAUACCUGUGGGGCAGACCGUACAGCAGUUGGCUUCUGAAACAUCUUCCGAUGGAAAUGCAGAUGUGGAUGGCGCUUUCUCGUCUAGCGGUAACCCAACGGUGGGGGAGGGGAGUGUAGAUACGAUACAGGGGGAUGGACCACACACACCUUCCGUGGGUGAUACCGCCGCCGCCGCAGAUACAAACGUUCUUACCGCUGAAACCGUGGGGCACGAUGGACCCGCAUUGACAACUGAUGUGAGCGUGAGCUCUGGUGCGGAUGGGGAGACGGCAGGAGGAACGGAUGGGCAGGAGGAGGAGCAGAUCCAUCCACAGGACAGGGACGUAAAUGCUACGGCCCUCAGCAGCAGUUUGGGAAAUUUGUCGCAGGGGAAUAACAGCGAUGCCGGCACUGUGCGUGAGAGGAGGGUGCUGCCGCUGCUUCUUCUGCUGUUGGGACUGUGGGGGUUUGCGUCUCAGUGA